UCCGUGAGGAAACACAAUCAAUUCCUGAGAAGUGCCUCUUCUUUGGUCUCACAGUGAAGCCACUAUGAGCUUUCUAUCAAAUGUCAGCGACGAUACUCUUCGAAACAUCUUCUCCUUUUUUUUGGCCGAAAAACUUCCAAUGCCCGACGGCACAGAAGCGCCAAACGAGACACGAACUGUCGACUCUGGGUCCGUCUUGGCAUGCAUGCUCGUCUGCAAGCGCUGGAAGAACAUAGUUUACUCGAAGGAUCUUUGGGGGCUAUUGACAACAGUAAGCACAUCAUCUUUGAAGCAUCAACUCUUUCUGGAGGAUCGUAACCAUGGUGGGCUGACGUUGGUGGGUUUGGUCAAACAAAAGAUACUGCAAGCUAGUCACGGAAAGUACACAUACAUCGCAUUCCAUUUGGGAAGUCAACGAAAUAUCGAGCUGCAUAUCGAUUCCGUUAGCCAUGAAGAAACGGUCGUACAGCUCCUCAAAGAAUGCUUCGUGGGGCGGUUUAUCCAAGGGGACUCUCAUGAAUUUUCCUCCCUUAAAGGCGAAGAGCUCUUGGUUCCAGUCGGCUUUGUUAGUGAAAAUUUCUUUUUUCCGGGCGCAUCCUCUGCUUCUAUUAAAAAGCGGUUUGCAUGGUGGUACUGGGUAGAUAAAGAAGGAAAAAGUAAGCGAUUGUCCGAAUCCUUACAAAUUGAUACCGAUCGAUGUUUUGCAUUGAUGAACCAGAUGUCACCGUUGAAUUUCUCUGCAGCUAGUGAAGACUCAUGUAUUGAGCGUGUCAAGCAUCUAUUACGAUUGGAGGAUAAGCUAGGGAUCCCUGCGUUGCACCAUCGUGUUCGAUAUCGCGCCAGUGUUGUGGACUGGAUUGUCGAAGUGGCAUCCGUCUUUAAUUUGGCUGACAAAAUAAUCUUUCUCAGCAUGGCUUAUUUUGACCGAUCAUCAAAUCUCUUUCAAGUUUCCGAUAUGCAGUAUCAUGCAGGAUGUUGUCUGUACAUGGCUGCCAAAAUAUCGGCCGCGAAAUUGACAGAACAAGACAUUGCCAUGAGUUCUGAUUGCCCAAAUGCGAAAGCUGGCGUUUACUCUGCCGCAGCCCAGGAGCUUCUCCUUCCCAUGUAUAGAUUUGAUUUAGCUUUACCGACAAUCUACGAUUUUGUGACGGAAUAUUGUCAUGCCUCUGGUGUUAUACCAGGGACGAAGCUCUACUGGAUGGCUCUCUAUCUAUCUGAGCACGCGCUUCAAUCUGCUAUUCAAUGCCGACCCAGUCAAAUUGCGGUUGCUGUCCUUGUUCUAGCCCGAUAUGCACUGGGGUUUUCGGAAGUAUGGCCUGGGGCUCUAGAAAACGUGUCGCCCUACGAAUUGAGUGAUCUCAAUGGGUGCAUUAUCGAUCUAUCUGUUUACUGUGAAGAGUUCAGUGACUCAGGGAAUGUGGAAGAGUUAGCAGCUAUCUCAUACAAGUACCUGUCAUCGCAACGAGGAAUGGUGCGCCAUGUACAAAUACCGAGUCCUAUCUCGUUUUCUGAGCUCAUAGCGCCCAACGAAUGUUCGUGA